UCUUGCGUCUUUCUCAAGUUGGCAUGGCAGUUGGUGUGUAGAGCUCAUGGUGAGGACACGCGGGGGCGCAGAGACAAUGGAGUCUAAUGGAGUUGAGGGUGCGACUGUGGCGGAAAUGGAUCGGAAUCAGGAGUUAUCAAAUGUCGGUAUUCUAAAUUCCGAUAACUCAAAUGAAGUGAGAGCACCCAAUCAGAGCCAGGAAUUGUCGCAGCAGGUAUCUCAGCCUUUGCAAAUUCCAAAUGAUACAAGAAUGCUCGAGCUCGAGGUUCAAAAGCUUCAACUUCAGAUUGAGUACGAAAGGCUGUUGCAGACAAGGACGAGUGCUGAACGUCUCAAUGUUUCGUUGCCGAGCACUGGGUCUGAGCGGGGCGAUCAGAGGCGGAUGGGUUUCGAUUCCAUCGAGCAAUGCGCAAAAGUGCUGAAAGGGUUCCGCCUGCCGUGUGACGCGGAUGUACCAUUAUGGUUUGAGGAAGUAGAAAAACUUUUUGCUACGUACAGGGUACCGUAUGAGAGUCGCGUGCAUCUGGUCAUGCCAGCGCUAACUGAACGCGUCCGCUACCUACUGCGUAACCUCAGCCAGGAAGAAAGUACAGAUUACGAGUCAGUUAAAGAGGCAGUGUUGAUGGAACUGAAGCUUUCUCCGGCAGAGUAUCUGCAGAGGUUUGAGAGAGCAGUGAAGCGUAAGGAGGAGACGUGGUCACAGUUCGCGUCACGAGUGAAAACGUAUUUCUCUUACUACCUCCAAGUGAGAGGGGCCGACACUGUAGAGGUGAUGGCAGAACUCAUGGUAGCAAAUCGUAUAAAAUCGGGCCUUGGUAUAGAGGGUCUCGAGUACGUGAGGCUACGAGAAGGCGAGGGAUGGCUUAAGCCACCUGAGAUCGCCAAAGUACUACAAACGUUUGAACAGGCAAAAGGCAAGGGGUACGCUUCAAAGCCGUCAGCGGCAGACAUGGGGCAAGAGCCGCCCCGAGUAGAGAAAGGCGCCCUCAAAUGUUACUUGUGUCACGGCUCGGGCCACGUCGCUAAGGAUUGCCCGAAAUCUAGCGAUAAGAUAAAUCAAUCAAAGAGGGCUAUCGAGCCAAGGCAGAGGGUACAAAAUAUACCUGAGGGAAGUGAGAUUCCUGAUGGAAUCCUUACUGCAAAUAUAAAAGCCGUGAGACGCAACUGUGAAGGGAUGACUAAAGUACAGUUAAUUCAUAUCUCAUGCGGAGAUGUAUCCACAGUUGCGAUUAUGGAUACAGGGAGUGAAAUAACUGUUAUACGGGAGAAUCUGCUUCCGAAAAGUCUCGUGGAGCCGUCAGGCACGGUAAGAUUGGUGUCUGCUUUUGGGAAAAUUAUCCAGGCAAAACUGGCUACGUUGCCGGUAAGGUUAAAUAGCCCGAAUAUGGCUGCGGAACCUCAGAACGUCGACCUACUCUGUGCGUUGACUAAUGAGCUCAUCGAGGGCACGGAUUGUUUGUUGACCCAUGAAGAUUUGGAACUGUUGUUGAAGGCCAACAGCUUUGUGCCAUACCGUGGAGCACCGGCCGAGCCUGUCCAUGUGUUAGAACAAUCAAAUGAGUCACCGGUCUAG